CGCACCAUUCGCCCGACGUCUUCGUACCACGCGCUCGUCCCGGCCGCUAGUUCAUUCCGCGCCCGCGAGCCGAUCGCGCCGCACGUCCGCGUUAACUCUCUAGUGCUGUGCAGUGCUUGCUUUGACGUUUGUGUAAUGCGAACGCCGCCAGCCGGGAACACUAUCUGAGCGAAAGGGUUGUGCAACGGGCGGAGGGCGGCGCGAAACCGCGCUUGCGCCCGCCGGCACGAUAAGCCGAGACAUCACACACGCGUCCACACCGGCACGCGAGAUGGACGACAAACCGACGGCUGGUGAGGAGCACUACAGCCUGCGCUGGAACAACCACCAAGCGCACCUGCUUCGCUCCUUCGAAGCGCUGCUUCACGCGGAGACUCUCGUCGAUGUGACUCUAGUGUGCUCCGAACGUCGCGUACGCGCGCAUAAAGUUCUACUCGGUGCCUGUAGCCCGCUGUUCCGUCGGAUAUUCAGCGAAAACCCGUGCAAGCACCCGGUGAUCGUGCUCAAAGAUUUUCAAGGAUGGGAAGUGCAAGCUGUGGUGGAUUUUAUGUAUCGUGGCGAAGUUUCUGUGGCGCAGGAGCAGCUCGGAACUGUGAUACGUGCGGGAGAGUCGUUGCAAGUGCGAGGUUUGGCCGACCAAGAGACGCCAGAGAUGGUGGAGGCUGAGAGGUCUCCCGUAGGAAGUCCUCCCACUGGGCCCACGGCUGCAUCGCCGCCAGCGAGCCCGCACAGCCCGCAGCCACGCAGGAAACAAGCGAGACCACGACGUCGUUCAGGAGAAUCCGAUACACCAGAGAACUUGUCAAUGCGACGAUCGCCGAGUGGCUUGAAAGCGGUGCGUCUGUCGCGAGGGAGGUCUCCACAUAAGCAAGAACCAGAAGAGCAAGAAACAGAGGCACCACCACCGCCCAGAAUGUUUCCACCACAUCAGGACAUGUUCCCGCCUGUACCACCACCCGCAGUUUCAGCACUUUCACUAACGCCACCGCACAUGUUCGGCAUGGACUCCCCCCUGGGCCUGUUCCCCCCGGGCAUGGACCACAAGAUGUAUCCCCUCAUGGACGUGGAGCACCGGCCGCCGCCGCUCGACGCGCAGCUCUUCACCAACGUCAAGAAGAAAUGUGGGUUACACUUAUAUCCUACUCAUAGGCGACCAAAGGGGCAACACAGCGCGCCGCGGGGCGGGCCACCUCGCUCGUGGACCAACGCGGAGCUGACGGAAGCCCUCCAACACGUGUGGAACAAGAAGAUGACAACUAGCCAAGCGUCAAGGAUAUUCGGCAUCCCGUACAACUCGCUACUCAUGUACGUGCGAGGCAAGUACGGCAAAAGUCUAAAGCUCGAGCAGCUGAGGAAAGACUGCAUAGGCGGGCCGCUCGAGGUGCUCAACUUGAACUCGGGCAACAACAACAACAACCACCCGUCGAGCAAACACCACGACAAGGAGGAGCAGCACCAGAACGCGGGCCAGCGGCCGGCGAGCUCGGAGCCGGACAUCUCGUCGAACCCGAUGUUCAACCCGUUCCAGCAAGGCUUCUACCCGGAGUUCCCGCCGGGCUUCCCGAUGCCGCUCAACAUGCUGCACCUGCUGCCGCCCAGCGAGAAGGCGCGCGAGCUGUACCAGGCGAUGCCGAUGGCGCUGGACGCGCUGUCGGGCGCGGCCAAGGAGGAGGACUGCAAGAGCGACCGCUCCAAGGAGAACUCCGCGGACGAGGAGGGCGACUCGUACCGCGCGCCGCUCGCGCCGCACCCGCCGCACCCGCCCGACGCGCGCGCGCUGCUGCACCACAACGGGCAGGACUAGGCGCUUCCCGUAGCGCCGUCCUCCCAGUACCUAUCCUUUCUACCUUCCAUCUUGUGUGUCUUUCCUUUCGACGGUACGUAGGUCGACAAUUUCGUGGAAAUUAGAAAAUCUAUAUGUACAGUGAAACUGAAAUUAUCUUUGUAUAUUCUAGAGAUUGCAAAGUUCAGAUUCGAUAAUGGAGCCGCAGUGGAACCUGAUAUACUUUUAGAAUUUCAGUUUCACUCGAUGAUCAGAGGUCGAGAUCUCGCCGGGCAUCCCUCGAUGCCCGAAUUAAAAUUAGUUAAAUUUAUAUUUAAAGAUGUGUUAAUAUUGUAAAUGUAUUUAAAUCGCGUAUAAGUGAUAGCGAUAAUUUAUUGAUUCGAGGUGUGCAAUAAGUGUGAAAGGCGUUGUGAUUGUUAUCGGCGGUCGUUACCGUGUCUUUUAUUGUUGACAUUCCAUUCUAACAUUCCACUGUAAUUAUUUUUAGAUAAUACUUCAUAUCACUUAGAUUAUGAUUUUUACUGUAAAGUUUAUUUUCGAACGUAUCUUGCCUGUAAAUUGUGUUAUCCCAAUGUAGAUAUUACGUUAAAUGUGCGAGUCGACUCCUACAUUUUCACCAAAGUUUGUAAAAUAUUUCGUAAUAAUAGUUAUUAUUCGAUAAACAAUUUUAAUUGUAAAUAGUUAUCGAUAAAUUAAUGGGAUAUUGAAAUUAAUUUAACCAUUAAAUAAGGAGACGUCGUGUCUAAAACGGUAAAUAGUAGUUCAUUUGUAAUUGUCGUAGAGUUAGUGAAAGAAUACAGUGAACUAACUGCGUGAGGCGUCUAGUGACGGGCUCGUUGGGAGGCUGCGACGCACUAGUCACACAUUUCUGUUUACCACGAUCCGUUCUGAAUCGGUUCGUUCAAAGUCCAACAAAUGAUAGGUUAUGUCAUGACGAGUUACCCGGGGCCGGGCCGGCAGUAAUGCGAUGUCGGCGACGUACGGCGAUGUCAUGUAAAUGUACCGCGCUUUGAACGCGCUCCGAUGCGGAAAUCGUGAUUCCGAAGCUGAGAUGUGCCCGCGACUAUUCGGGUGGUCCUGAUUGCAUCGUGACGUCAGCGACUUUAUGAUUACAGAUUAAAAAAACAAAGACUCGAUUAUCAAUAAUAACACGACAGUGCGCGCCUGGUCUAGACAAAUAAUGUAUCUGCACUCAAUGUUCAAAUAAAAAGGAGCUUUCGAGAUUUUAGUGAAUAAUGAAAGUUUAGAAUAAAGGUUCAAACCUUUCUGGCUUUAGAUAAUUGUAUACAAUGAUUUCGUAUUAGAUGUACCGUGGAGUAUCACGUCAUAUUUACCUAAACAUACGAUCGGUUAUGUUGAAAGAAUUACCCGUGUAUUUUAUUCGUAUCUACUGUAUUUAAUUUAACAUCAUUUUAAACUAAACUAAUGAAAUUAGAUGUCGAUUCGAAACUGCAAAUCUCUUAACAGAAGACUGAACACUAUUUAUGACUCUAUUUUGUAUGUCUGUAUAUUUCACUUAAUCACAGAAUCAGCCGCAGUGAUCACAUAGUAUACAGUCGCGUCAUUAAACAAUAUAUCAUUACAGGGAUUUUAUAUAUUAACGAGUUGAAUAAUUGAAUAUGUACUUAUAGUUUUAUGAACUUGCUUUUUCUCUUUACCUUCCUUUUACGCUUAAAUUUAUUCAUUAUUAAGAUUCAACGCAGUUUAAUAUAUAGACAAAUUAUGUUAAAAACUAAACGGUGUUGCACAUCAUGUCGAAGGCGAAGCUGAAUACAUUUCGUUUUGUAGAAAUAAUCUUUAGUAAAAAUUUUCAAGCGCUUUUCUAUGGACUUUUAAUAUGCUACAGACAUGUCUUUAUGUUUGAAGGCUUCAUAUAUUCGCUGUAUUAUCUAUAGCGUAUCGAAUACAUGUGCCAAAAAUUACACCGCUAUUUCUGGACUCGAGACUGCAAUAUUUCCAUUCCUGCUUGUUUACUUUGUGUUGUGACUCGUGAUCAUGUUAUAUUUUAGAUUUACAUAAUUCGUACAAAUUCAGCAGUAUUAGAGUGAUUUUGUUAAAGUUUUAAUUGAGACGUUUUAAUUAAGUUUGUUAUUUGUUACGUGCGGCGGCGGUAGGAAUUAUAAUAAUGUAGUGUGAAUCUUGAAUCUCAAUGUGUUGUGUAGGGCAACGUCACAUAACAUCAUACUAUUAUGCUAAUAAGUAGCUUUAUAUUUUUAUGACUGUUACUGCGUUACUCCCUGUUUUCCUUACCAAUGUUAAAUUUGCAGUUUUAUUUCAAUUUUCCGUAGUUUUUAUAAUCUGCACCAUUUUAUAACCUAUACGAUUUUCAGGAGCCAAAUUAAAUGAACGUACAUUUUAAUAGAUACUACAUAUUGUAAGAAUUUUAUUAUUUUUUAAGUUGAUAUUAUAUGUGAUCGUGUUAAUUUUAGUAGAAUUCAAAAUAUUUAGUUCCUUCAAUUUUGUUACGAGUAUUUAUAAAUUGUAAUUGAGAUGAUUUUAGCUUCUAGAAUAAUUAAUUGUUCUCUCCGAUAAAGAGUAUAAUUAAAUAUAAGUUAUGUAAUUAAUUUUUGUUGUAUUUUGCCUAAUAUUAAUUACAAAUUAAAUUAAAAUAAUAUCGUUACAUUAGAAUGUAAAAAAGAUUAUCUAUUUGAUCUUAAAAUAAUACGAAAAAAAUAUUUAUGUUCUAGUACCAUUCUAUCGUGUAAUUUAAAUUGAAAUGAUGGAGCGAUGUAGUGAAAUUCGUUUACGGUCACCGACGUAAAGUGUAAAAAUAAAAUUACGAAAUACC